AUGAAGAAGGGGCUCAAAUGGCACUUGGUAGUCAACCUAAGGGACACAAAGAGUGGCGACCAGAAUGAGUAUGUUUCUCUUCAGCUUGAGUUGGCAACUGUGAGGCCGGACACGAUCGUGGAGACAACUUUGAAGUUUUUGAUAUAUGACCAGUUAUUCGGAAAACACCAUGAACAGCAAGUAAGCCACAAUUUCGAGACAGGAAGCACAUGCUCUGGAACCUCAUGCAUGAUUCCUCUCGCGGCAUUCAAUGAAAGGUCCUCCGGAUUCCUUGUCAACAAUAGCUGUGUUUUCGCGGUCGAGUUCAUCACAGUUGUCGUUGCUAAAGCUAACGAUACGUUAGAGGCGCUGUUUGUUCAGAAGACGAACAACGUCUGCAGUGAACCCCAAGUCUACACCUGGCACAUUGAGGACUUCUUUGUGUUGAAGAAUCCGAGCUGCUCUCCUGAGUUUGAGCUCUGUGGACACAAAUGGUGCAUCCAAAUCUAUCCAUCUGGAGAUGAUGAUACGAAUGGGAACUACCUCUCCUUGUACGUGGUCAGGAACGGGCCGGAUACACUGGACGAGAACUUGGCAUACCUGAUAGAGCAAACCAUAUCCAUCAAAACCCAGGAAACUGGCAAGGGCUUGGCAAGAAAAGGCCGGAUCGAGUACUCAAACAAAUGUAACUGUUGGGGAUGGGAAAAGUUCAUAUCUCUAGAAGAUUUCAAGGACCCAGCAAAUGGUUAUCUGGUGAAAACAAAGUGCUGCAUCGAAGUUGAGGUUGCAGUCAUUGGUUCCUCCAAGACGAAGUAGCUAGAUUACUC